AUUUCAAAAGGAUAUAUAAACAGGUUAUCUUGCAAAGGAUUUCAUUCCAUCGACUAGCUUCUAAGAGAUAACACACAUAAUCAACAUAAUCAAGAAUUAAUCACCCAAAAAGAUGAACAAACUACAUUUUUUAGUUUUAUUUUUGGUUGCAACUUCGGUACGUUGUAAUGAAGAUGGUGAUUUUGAGACUUUAAGCCAAAAUAUUCAACAAGUAUGCGGUAUCCGGUUGGAAAAAUUUGUGAGCAAUGUUUGUAACGGAAUGUACACGCGACCCGAGAAAAAAUCCGGACACUUACAAGUUAUGGACGAGGAAUCAAUGAUGGACCGUUUCGAAUCGCACGAAUGCAAGAGUCUGAAAAUGCUGGAACAGUUCAACAACGAAAACGAGCGUGAACAGAAAGCGCUAGGAUUCAGACAAUGGCAGGACGUGAUUGGCAACGGUGGAAACAUGGCGGCGUAUUCUCGGCAAAGACGUGGCAUCGUUGCUGAAUGUUGCAGGCGUCCAUGCACGUUGAAGCAUAUUCAGGAACACUACUGUGAGUUUUAAAUUAACACAUUUUAUGCUUAUGAAUAGAAUAGAAUACUAUGAACAUAUAUUUAUGUAGAUAAAUGUAAUUAAAAUAUUAGAGAAUUGAAAAAAAAAAUCAUAUUUAUAUUGUUAGAAUUUAAAUAAUAUGCAACGCAAGAAUAAAGAUUAAAAGAAAA